UACUGAAGCGGCCUAACUCUUUUUUCGUUCGUGCUUGACUCAUGUCAACGAAACAUCUAAUUACUUUUUACAAUAGAAGGCUGAUCAUUUCACACAACUUUUCUAAAAUCUCGUGCCCCUGAGUCACACAAAGAAAUGUUGCUGCGUGGGAGCUUUGUAAAUCUCGGCUGCGGCGGCAAAGAAAAGGAGAAAUCACACUGUGUUGAUGCAAACCUGCUUGUGCAUGUUGAAGAGGCAUCUCGCUACCAUUUCUUCAAAAUUUGAAAUCCUGUAAAUAUGUUAGGGAAUAUUGCAGCCAAAGAGCAGCUAGGUGAAUCAAGAUGCAGGGCUCUGGUUUACUUGAGAACCUAUUUGAAGUUCCUGUUGAUGGCCUUGCCAGUGGCAGCUGUUGGCUUGUCAUUUCCCUUUGAUAAUGUGGCCUAUAUCCACCAAGUCAAUGAUUCAGCAUGGUUCAACUUAACUGUGAAGUUCCCCUUCCAUUAUGGUCAAGACACUGUUUUUUAUACCAAUGAGACCAUUCCAGCUGAGUUCCAGUUUGACAAGGAGAUUGAAAUUUGUAGCUGGUUAUUCUUUGGUAUAAAUGUGGUUUGGUUUAUAAUGGCCUUUGCUAUCUUGCUAACUUAUGUAUCUGUCCAUGGAGGAGAAAAGAUGGAGAAGGCUGCAACAACAGAUGGAUUCAUCAGUUGUUCAAUGGCACUCAUUGGGGCUACAUUGACUGGAAUUUGGCUGUACAAUGUGAUAAAUUUGAGAAAGUUAGUUUUUGGACAAGUUAAUUUUGUCUACAAUGGACCAAGCCAGUGUCUCAGGGGCAAUUAUUGCAUCAAAAGCCUGCCAGACUUCCUAACUCUGUAUAUUGCAGCAGGAAUUGGUUUCUUUGCUUCUCUUUGCUGGGGAAUCAAUAUCUUUGUAGCACUGAAAUUCACAUCAAAGUAUCACCGUGCUGGUAAUUUUGCCUGGAACUUGGAAAUGAGCACUGAACACCCGGAUGAUUUUCAACAACAGCAUUGAAGCAGUGUGUGUUGGGAUCUCAAUAUAAAAGUCAUUUUGUAAGUAAUCAACAUUUGUUUUGAUUGAUAACUCAAUAAUUUCUUAAAUCCUAUUGGUAACUUAUAAUUUGAUUGACUUGUUGUAUCAUAUUAACUAAAUUGACUGUCUUCUUAAUUGAGAAGAGUAUUUGUAAAUAAUUAAGGUCAAUUUGAUUGAAAUGACUCAUUUUUUUCAACUACAAAAAAACAGUUACUUUACCAGAAAGACUAUCUAUAAAAGAUAACCAAAGGCAAAACAAAUUAACUGUAUUGCAAUUCAAUUUGAUUCACUAUCAAAUUUUACCAUCUUUAAGCAACGCAUAGGUACAGUAAGAAAGUCUUGUGCACAAUUAGAAUGAAAACAACCUCAAAUAAUGUGACAUCUCCAAGAAAUGGUGUAAAUAGUGUUUUUUACAGAUGUACCCAGGACCUGAGACUUAAGUACCCUAGGUUAAUUACCCAUCUCUUUCAAAAUUAGACAAAUGUCUGCACUGUCUUACAUAUAUCUAGUGCUUUUAAUUUAAUGCAAUGUGAACCUUGUCCAAUAAGCCUCCAUAGGUUUCAUAUCUGGUGUACCAUAUUAUUUAGUUAUAAUUUCAUUUAAUAUUGUGUAUCAAUUUUCAAUUUCAAUUUUAAUGUAAUUAAAUGAUAGUGCAAAUAAAUAUACACUGUCAUGCAAUCAGUGGUUGAUUCCACAUUAUUCAUGAUGUAAAUUAACUGGAUCAAUGAAAUGACUAGCAGAAUAUCCCCAAAUUAUGUCAAUGGCAGAGUACAUGGACAGUUUCUUCAAUUGAGUUUUGGGAGUGACAUUUGAAAUUCUAAAAUUAAUAUUAAAUAAGUUCUGAUUAGAAAUGUAUGUCACAUAAUGCCAAAUAAUGUAUAAUGCUACAAAGUAUAAAGCUGGAAACCAAUUUGAAAGUUAUUUUUUGGACUAGCUGAUUGAUAUUGCAAAAGUUAGAAUGAUUCCCUACAAUGUCAUGGAAACAAUGUCAUAAAGCAAGAACUAUAAUUAUUCAAUUAUAGUCUGUCUGAUGAGUGCGUAAGCACGAAACUCGGAGUAUUGGAGAACAUGUCUCAUUUCUAGUAUAUAUUCUAUUUUAUUAUAUCUAUUGCUCUGUGCUUUUGCACAUCGAGCACUGUCACGUCAGAAUAGACAACGCAAUCUGGAAUAAUUAUUCAAUUAUGUUUUUUUUGUUAGAAUAAUACAGUUCCCAAAUUUUAAAAUAUCAAAAUGAACAUGGUAAAGCUGAAAGUGCUCAGUUUGUCAUGCACCUGCUUUUUGCUUCUCAAAAGCCUGUUGGGUAUUGUCAUUAACCCAGCCUUUUGGAGGAACAAACAUACUGCCAUUGCCUUCAGAUGUCAUACAGUUGGCUAUAUUAACUUUAGUUGGGAUGUGAUUAACACCACCACUGAUUUAUCAUCAGCGACCAUGUGUCCAUGUUUUGGUAAUUUGAGAGUCCCUUUGUAAUUUUCUAGCUGGAAGUGCCAAUGAUGCAAUUUUACUUGUUUGAUAUAAUUGUUUGAUGUUUUCUAUUGUAUUUGAUGAUUCCUUGCAAGUGUAGUUUGUCUUUUCAGAGAAUCAUUCACAUAAUAUAUAUUUUAUAAUUCAACCUUGCAAAGUUAUUUUUGAAAUAAUUAAGAGAACCUUAGAUAAGUAUGAUAGAAAUUAAGUAUCACUAGCUGUUGUAAAUUGAUAGAGUAUAUUUGGUUAAUAAAAUUGAAGUUGUGAUUAUUUUUUAUUUAUUAAUUACUGAUAUUUUGGAAUUUGGACAUGCUGGGAGACAGAACUUGUUUAUAAAAAGGGUUUGCUUA